CACAGUCCGGGAGCAUUAGCCGGAGCUUCAGGAUCUAGACGUGCAACAACAUUUCUCCCCACAAUCAUUCACAGCUCCAAGGUGAAAUCUCUCUGCUUUAUUGCCUAGGUCUUCAUUCCAAUCAAACGAUACAAAUUCCAAUCUCAGUUUACAGCCCCAGCCUCGCAAUUGGUAGUCAAUCUUGGCAACCCAAUAUCAACACUAGCUAAACACCACCACCAUGUCGGCCGAAGCAGACGUCAAGCUCCAAGACUUCUCCAACAUCUUUUCCCUCGAAGGCAAAGUCGCCGUCGUAUCUGGCGGUUCUCGCGGACUAGGUCUGCACAGCGCCUCCGGUCUCCUCCAAGCCGGCUGCUCCAAAGUCUUCAUCACGUCGCGCAAAGCCAAGGCCUGCGAAGAAGCCUGCGCAGCCCUCAACGCGCUCCCCAAUAAACGCCCCGGUGCGCAAGCCAUCUCGGUCCCGGCGGACAGCUCCAAGAUCAGCGAAAUCGAUAGGCUUGUCGCCGAGGUCGCGAAGCAUACCGACCAUGUGGAUAUCCUCUUCGCGAAUGCAGGCGCGACAUGGGGCGAGGCCUUUGACAAGUUCACCGAGAGCGCAUUCGACAAGGUCAUGGACCUGAACGUGAAGAGCGUCUUCUUCACCGUCCAAAAAUUCGCACCUCUCCUCCGCAAAAACGCCUCCACCGCCGACCCGGCCCGCGUCCUCGUCACCGGCUCCGUCGCAGGCAUAAACACCGCCACGCUCGGCAAACAGGCCACCUUCUCCUACGCCGCGUCCAAGGCCGCCGUGCUCCAUCUCGCGCGCAACCUCGCCAUGUCCUUUGCCACGGACGGCGACCGCAUCCUCGUCAACAGCGUCGCGCCCGGGUUUUUCCCGAGCAAGAUGUCCAACGGGCUGUUGGAGAUGAGUGGUGGGGCGGAGAGCGCGGCGAGGGCGAAUCCGAAUGGGCGGUUGGGCAAUGCCGAGGAUGUGGCGGCUGCGGUGGUGUUUUUGUGUAGUCGGGCUGGCGGGCAUGUUAAUGGGCAUACGCUUGUGUUGGAUGGGGGGAAGAUUUAUAUGAAUGGGAAGUUGUAGGUGGGAUGGGUGG